CCCCUCCCCGUCACAAGAGGGCGCUACAGAAACAGCAGCUGCAGCUCCCAACGCUCUUUAAAGCAGCUGAGUCUGAUCAGCGGGGGGUAAACAAGUCCAGUCAACAUGGCGGCCUCCGUGAGGAAAGCAGCCCACGACAUCGAGACGCGAAAGCGGACCGACGAUGUGCUUCUAUCGGAGGGAAUCGACUUCAGCUCCCUUCUGCUCUCUCGGCCCGUGCUGGACGGACUGUCCUCCGCGGGCUUCCGGAAGCCGUCCCCGAUCCAGCUCAAGGCGAUCCCGCUGGGCCGCUGCGGACUAGACCUGAUCGUACAGGCCAAGUCCGGCACGGGGAAGACGUGCGUGUUCUGCACCGUCGCCCUGGACUCUCUGGUUCUGGAGAAUCCUGCAACUCAGGUUCUGGUCCUGGCUCCCACUCGUGAGAUAGCGGUGCAGAUACACUCGGUGGUGAUGGCCAUCGGCUGCACCAUGGAGGGCCUCGAGUGCCACGUUUUCAUCGGGGGCCGACCCGUGAGUCAGGACAAAACCCAUCUGAAGAAGUGCCACGUGGCGGUGGGCUCGCCCGGUCGCAUCAAGCAGCUUAUCGAGCUGGGCAUGUUAUCCACCGCCAGCAUCAGACUGUUUGUUCUGGACGAGGCAGACAAGCUGCUGGAGGAGGGCAGCUUCCAGGAACAGAUCAACUGGAUCUUCUCCUCUCUGCCAGUGAACAAACAGAUGCUCGCGCUCUCCGCCACCUACCCAGAAUGCCUUGCUCAGCACCUCACCCGCUACAUGAGAGAGCCCACUUUUGUCCGACUCAACCCCAGCGACAUGGGCCUUAAAGGUCUGAAGCAGUACUACAAGCUGGUGCCGUCCCAUCCUUUACCUCACAAGAUCUUCCAGGAGAAAGUGCAGCACUUGUUGGAGCUUUUCAGUAAACUCCCGUUCAACCAGGCUCUGGUGUUCUCCAAUCUCCACACAAGGGCUCAGCACCUGGCAGACAUCCUGUCCUCCAAAGGCCUUCCUGCUGCUUGUAUCUCAGGCGGUCUGAGUCAGGACCAGAGACUGGAGGCCAUGUCCAAACUGAAGCAGUACCAGUGCAGGGUGCUGAUCUCCACUGACCUGACCUCCAGAGGUAUCGAUGCAGAGAAAGUGAACUUGGUGAUAAACCUGGACGUGCCGAAGGACUGGGAGACCUACAUGCACCGGAUUGGACGGGCCGGACGCUUCGGCACUCAGGGGCUGGCUGUGACCUACUGUUGCCAUGGUGAGGAGGAGAACAAGAUGAUGGCCAUCGCUCAGAAGUGCGGCCUGAGUUUGUCCACGUUGCCAUCCGUCAUAGAGCCGGGGUUGAUGGACGAGUCGUGUGACUGGGACGUCUGCACCGAGGCGUCCGCUCCAGGCGCUUCAGCUCCGCUCUCCUCCCGGACGCAGAAGAAGAAGCAGCAGCAUCGUGACGCGGAUCAAACUAUGGAGCACAGCGGUCAAAGGAAGCCCGACAAGAACAUUCCUACAGCCCGACCGGGAGCGCACGACGGAGGGAAACCCAGGAAAACGUCUCCCGAUGAGGACGCUCUCCAGCAGCAGCAGCGUCCUGCUCCUCCUCUUCUUCGUCCUCCUCCGGCGGCAGUGGAGGCGACUCGCAAAGAGCUGCAGGACGCUCUGCCGAAGAUCCCUCCUCUCAGCUCCUUCAAGAGCCGCAGGUCGAGGUUUGUGGCCUUCGAGGAGGCCGAGCGGGACUUCCACGGCUUCAUCACGGCGGGGCCGGGGAGAUCGGUGGAGGUCAUCAGGGAGUUUGGAGGUGGAGGGGUCGGGGACCAGAGCGGGUAUACAGAGUCCUUCAUGCUCGACGACGCUGACGGAGGUGAAAGUUUAAAACUAAAGAGAGGUCGGAGGAAAUCUGACUUUUCGCCUCUGAGGUCGGUUUCUGGUUCUUCGAGCUCGCAACCGGACGACGACGACGAGACGAAUCGGACCAGAGGAGGCGACUACGGAGUGCUCAAGACCGAAGCCGGACCAACACCCACCGCGUCCAAACCGAAGGCAGACGCCGAUACAUCCAGAGCUGCUGCUACGCCCGAAAUAUAUCGCCAGACAUCCUGCGCUUCGAGAGUCAGAGCGUCGCCUCCGCCCGAGAGACGCGAAUCCAGACCGAGCGAGCCGAAGACUAGCAGACACGAAUCCAGAAAGAUUCAAGAGAAGACUGAGAGACGGAGCAAGAAGAGUUCAGAGCAGAAGAGGGAAAGGGAGGAAAGCACACAUGAUGAUGAAGAGGAGGAGGAGGAAGAAGAAGAGUGGAGCGCUGAAGCUUACUGGAGAGCCAGCUACAGAGCCUGGAACGACUACUACACCUCCGUAUCUCCUCUCCAGGAGCGAGGUCACCAGAGCUACUACAGCGCCGCUCAGAGCUGGAUGGCAGCGUAUCGUAUGAACGCCGUCUACGUGGAGGAGCUGCUGAAGCGCUGACCGUCUGUUCAUCGGGUGAGAAGAUGAGUCUGAAUGUCUCUCUGCAAGAAAGGACGGUUUGCACCUCCGCUCUCACACAUGGCACUUUUUUGAGUGUUUUUUUCUUUUCUUUUUUCAAUGAAUUCAUACAAUGUGUCUUUUCUAAAUAAAUGACCAGUAUGGAGCUUGGAUUUUCUUUUGUUAUGUCUCCACACAUUCACAAAACAUAUUGUUCUUUCUAAAUCUAUCUCUCUAGUGUCCAGCAGGGGGCGACUCCUCUGGUUGUAUAGAAGUCUAUGAGAAAAUGACUCUACU